CACCAGCCGACGGAGAGCUCUGGGAAUACGGGAUGGUGGCGGAGUACUCCUGCAGUGCCGGCUAUUCAUUAAUCGGAGCGGGCAGACUGGUUUGUACAGAGACCGGGGAAUGGGACAACACACCACCAACGUGCACAGUUGUCCAGUGUCAACAGCCAGUCCUGCCGGCGUUCAGCCAGAUGGAGGCAGGAAUCGCCCUCACCUACACGUAUGGGGAAACCAUCAGUUAUCUCUGUGUCCGAGGCUCUCAGAUGGUUGGCAGAAGUACAAUUGAAUGUAGAGAGAACAAUACCUUUGUGCCUGGACCCCCCAUCUGCAAACUGAUUAACUGUGGCAGCCCAGGAAUGAUAGUGAAUGGAUAUUCUCAGGCACCAGACACUACUUUUGGAAAUCGAGCUAAUUUCCAAUGUAGAACAGGGUUCCUGAUGGUGGGAAGGAACUACCGAUUGUGCAAAGCUGGAGGCUGGGAUGGUAAACCCCCAGUGUGUGAAGAAAUAAAGUCCUCGUUGCCAGUGAGGAAGCCUGACUCUGGAGAGUCUAUCAAGGGAUCUCUCCAGUCUAACGCACAUAGGAAGCAAGGCCUUGGAACGAUUGGCAUUGUUGCCAUUUGCAUUACAUCUUUCUGUACUGGGAUCGCUCUUACUGCAGGAGUGUCACAUAUUAAGAAGAAACGGUGGUGUCGGCCCAGGAAAUGUAAACCCUGUAAGAGAGUUCACAUCAUCCCUCAGCCCAACCCAGGCCAAGUGGAGGUCCUCACCGAUCACCCGACAUGAUCUUCACAAAGU